AUGGGUUUUGCCGCUGCAAUGACUCCGAAAUGUUUCCUUCUGCUUGUGGCAACAUCCUUUCUGGUGACGAUAGCGACAGUCCCAGUUGUUUCCGCCGCUGCAUGUCCAUCUGACCGGACAUUAGUCACAACUUCUGGGCAGGCAUACUCCAACGCCGCAAUCACUACUACUGGCUUGGCUUGCAACAAUACGACUCCUCCCAGGUGGCAGGUUGGAGUACACACCGUGUUUUGCACUGAUGUCAACGAUGAUACAAACUGCACGUUCACAGUCACUGUAACAGACAAUGAAGACCCCAGGAUUACAUGUCCCAAUGACAUCUCCAGACAACUCAGUGUGGAUGAUAGAUUCUCGGUCUCGUGGAACUCCGUCACUGCCCUCGACAACGUUGGGGUAGCAAGCAGCAGUUGCAGUCCUGCGAGCGGUUCGUCUUUCAAGACUUUCGUGGGCUCGGCUAAGACUGUGACGUGCACUGCAGUAGAUGACGCUGGCAAUACCGCCACAUGCACAUUCCGAGUCACUCUCACGGAUGAUGUACCACCAACAAUUACGUGCCCGGGUAACCAAACCGAACGUACUACUAAUGGAGAAGAAACUCGGGAUAUUCCGUGGAACAUACAAACAUCUGAUAGCGUGGGGGUGGCAAGCAGGGUAUGCAGCAGACCAGACAGCAACACGGUCUUCAGCCUGGGCACCACUGUUGUGACGUGCACCGCCCGAGAUGCAGCUGGAAACGAUGCUACGUGCUCAUUUCAGGUGACCAUUCUUGACGGAAAUCCCCCGGUUUUCACCUCAUGCCCCACUGGUACGAUAAACAAGACCAUCGACAGUACCGAGAUCAGCUGGACACUCCCGACACUUUCUGUCCGGGUCACUUGGGACGAACCGUCGGCCGAGGAUGAUGACGGCGUUGCACCCAUGGUGGAAUCGUCACACAGCUCCGGGGACGAGUUUCCCGUAGGCAUCACAGAUGUUACCUACAAUGCAACGGACAUGGCCGGCAACACAAAGAUUUGUUCAUUCAGCGUUGCCGUUGAAUUUCAACCACCGCAAGAGGUUUCUGAGACUUUUGGAACAUGUCAACCGACUCCUUGCUUCAAUGUUGCAUGGACUAGGUCACAGGACCCGACGGUGAGCGAGUACAUCAUAUCGGCCUGGAAAGGAAGUCAGGGUGAAUCUGAAGCACUGCAGGACAUCGUUCCCAAUGCGGACAGCACCUACAUUAGACAUGAGUUCAAGAAGCAGUUUUCUCCGGGUGAACUGUACACGAUCAAGGUGGAAGCUGUGGUGGGUCAAUCGCGUCAGCUCAUCGGAACAAUGCAGCAGUGGACAAUGCCAGAUAUGCCAGGAACUAUAGAAGUGGUCCCAGGCACUAGAUCUACCACUUCGGUGGAAGUGACAUGGCCACGAGUCAGCCUGCAAAACGUGGAACAGUACCGGAUAACAAGUGCAGGACAUCAUUCAGGCUAUGUGACCAAGACGACGGAUAAGAUACUCUUGGACAAUGUCUUUCCUAAUAUUUGGGUGAACGUAUAUGCUGUGGUUGGAUCAGGAGAUAUGAGAAAAAUUAGCAGCGGUCGUGGAAAAUCAGUCAGUUUCCAAGAUUAUCAAGAGGAGUCCAAACUUUUGGCAUUAAGCACCGAGUCGACUGUCCGAGUCUACUGGAAGUCGAAUCAGUCACCAUCGAACGAACCACACAUGCUGUACAUUGAACCAGAGGAUGCAGAGGAGAACUAUCUAACUGCAUUCAGUGGCACACAGGCUGAGUUUACGGGACUCGAGCCCAACACGGAGUACCAGAUCAGACUUAUCAAUAAUUUUGGGCUGUCCCUCAGCACAUCCGUGAAAACCAAGCCAGGACCCCCGAGCAAUGUCCGCCCCACAGAAGUACUGAACAAUUCUCUCACCCUUGAGUGGGAUCCACCAACAGAGGGCGAUGUGGAGUCUUAUGAAGUGUAUAUCUCCCCGGGAGAUAGUACCGAACCAGUGGAGGUCUCUGGAACCAGCCACACCUUCUCCUCCCUGACUGCAAUGACUGAGUACUUCCUGAGGGUUGUAUCCGUCUACGAUGACGUGAAGAGCCUUCCCAUGACACUGAUGGUGACAACUGGAGUGACAAAACCAUCACCGUCACCACCCCUUAACAUCAUAGCGAUAGCAUUGGGAGUCGGACUUGGUGUGGUGGCUCUUCUUCUGAUCAUAGGUAUCGUCGUCACUUGCCGCAAGUAUCGAAAACUGAAGGCUGCCAUGAACACCGCUGCCGGCUACGAAAGGGCCAUACCAACAGUGGCCAAGCCAGCCACGCCCAGAGUCCCAGUCAAGGUUGACGUUGACGAGCGUCGCUACGAAAACGCUGCUGUCGCUGACCAAAUGGCUGACCGGGAAGCAAGAGGACAGAAGAAAGGGAAGAGUGUACCUAUGGUGGCUAUGAAACCGCCGACCGACUAUGGGGAUGAGUACGCCUACGUCGCUCAGCAAUAAAUGACCGCCAACAAAUAUACUGGGACACACAGUAGCGUAUCAAGCUUUGGAUGUCGGGGGGGGGGGGGGGGCAACUGCACAUCCGCGCAGAAAUGUUGACAUGUUUGUUCUCUGGGCACUUGGCCUCCGUAAAAUCAGGGUGGGGGGGGGGGGGGUAAGACCCACCUUCGAAGUGGGGGCGCUCUUCAAAACUGACUAUUAUUUUGCAUACUGCAAAUUAUAUACCCAUUUUCAAGGUGUAUCGUAAUGGCUUUUUAGCGGGUUUUCUUUUUGGGAUUGAUGUCAGACCUCUGUAACCAGUUAUAUAAAUAAUUGCUGAAAAAUUUUGUGGGAAAAAAUCUGCCAGGGAAGCAAAGUGCCCCCUCUGCCCCCCACCCCCACCCCCUUCUGGAUACGCCAUUGAGGACACAUUGCAUAGAUGAAUCCUAUUCAAGCGCAUAUUGAAGUGAGCGAAGAGGCAGCAACCAUUGUUUGUUUCAUCAUAAAGCCAAGUUUUUGCUUUUAAGCUGUACAUAAACUUAGAUCAAUUUCUAAAGGAACAGGUGGUGA